AUGGGCAAUUCCGGGGCCCAGCUCUUGCGGGGCAAGACUGGGUGUCUCUGCUGCCGGCGACGAAGAAAGAAAUGCGACGAGAAGAAGCCAAGCUGCAACGCUUGCCUCCGGAACUUCCUCAUCUGCGUCUGGCCACGACAGGCGGGGACUCGGUCACCCCGACCGAGCCACUCUACUACGACCGAAACGAGGUCUUACGACGGGUGGGAUAGGAACGACAAGCUCCGGGCUUCGCCAUCACCAGACGCGAAAGCUGGUUCUAGCCGUCCUGGUCAGCCACAGGAUGCCAAACUGCCCGACACGAUAUUUCGGACUUCACCAAGAGACGGCAUGGCCGAUCCGGUCCUGGCGAGUUUAGGCCCCGAUUCCAUCGUUCUCCUAGAGCACUACUAUCACCGUACUGCGGACGUGAUGUCUGCUAGCCCAAGGGCUGUGAACCCCUAUGUGAUCCAGCUGCUUCCGAUCAGUUUUGCAAACGACAUCAUCCUGCAGACCAUACUUGUGCUGAGUGGGGUGCAUUACGGAGAAGACGUCUCCGACCGCUGUCAAGCCACAACGUGGACACACUACGGGCAAUUGAUGAAGAGCCUCAAGACCGAAUUGACAAGACAUGUCAGUGGUAGCGAGUCUACGGUGGUCCCUCUAUUGAUAGCAAGCAUGAUGCUGAUAUUUGUGGAGAACGCUAGAAUCGACGGCCACGAUAAGAUGGCGACUCACAUACGGGCAUCACGGCAUCUUUUACUGUCCGCCUUACAGUUGCCUGGAUCCCAAUUGGACGACACCACUCGCGCAUUUCUGAUAGAAACAUAUGCGUACACCGUGAUUCUGUCCGACAUCUCGAUUGACGUAAAGCAUAGCGAUGCCCACAUGCUGGAAGAUGCAGCCGCCUUGCUCCAGUCAAUGCAAGCUUCAUCAGAAUCAGCCACUUACGGGUAUCCAAUCGAACUCUUUGGGCUCAUCCCCGAAGUCUCCGUCUUGGUCAAGAGAAGCCAGCGCGAGCUUAGCCUCUCUGGCUCCAUAUCCGACGACACCAUCUGGACGAUAUCGAAGCUCCGGGGAGUGGUGAGACAUUGGAAGUCAGACUCAACAUCAUCGAGCACAAUUAUCUGCGCGAAGAUUUACCAACAAGCACUCUUGCUGUACCUGGACGGUGCCGCCAGGGGACAGGGGCAACUCUCUGAUUUGACCUCAGAUCUGGAGUCGGUGGCAUCCGUUCAGAAAGCGUUUGAGAUUUUGGAGAUUCUACUAGACUGUCUCCCGGCAUCUGCACCGAUAUCGACUGUCCUUUGCUGGCCUCUGGCGGUGUUUGGAUUUACAGCCACCUUAUCCGCCCACCGAGCCAUGAUCCGGGACCGAUUAAAUCAACUACACAAGAACUUUGGUCUGCGACACGCGCCUCCGAACGGGAACUAUGGGCAUGUGGUUCUGGCCCUUGCGGGUCCGUAG